CGCAUCUUAAAUUUUACCGAUCGACUUCAAGCCUACCUAACUGAAGCUUCACCACCAACCAGUCUAGGUCGCCAACCGCUGUCAGGGCCGUCAAUUCGUCUUCUCCGGCCUUGCUCAUAGUAGCGCUUCCAAUUCACAAUGGCCAAGUUCUCAGUGUCACCGGCGACUCUCUCGCCUCUACGAACAACACUCUCAACACCAUGCUCACGAACCCGCCUGUCCCUCGGCCAAGUCCGUCAUGCCACAUUUAUUCCUCGACCACGCCGACCAUACACAUUCACCCAGCUCGUCACUCUAUCCGACGGCUCUGCAUACACCAUGCGAACGACUUCACCAUUGCCCAUUUACCGCGCUACAAAGGACACACGCAACACAUUGUUGUGGCAGCCAUCUGAGAAGUCACUCAAGAACGUCGAGCUCGAUGAGGCUGGUAAACUUGCUGCUUUCCGAGAACGCUACGGCCGUGCCUACGAUGCUUCUCAUGCUGAGGAGGGUGAAGGUGCUGCCGAGACAGCUGAUGAAGGUUAUGCGGACCUUAUCACCGGAUAUGCGCCAACACAAGAUGCGAACGCUAUGAGGGAUUCAGGACCUAAGAAGCAGGCUAAGAAAAGAAAGUAAAUAAGGAAAUAGUGUUGUCGAGAGGAGGAACAGCUACCACAAAAACCACAAGCCCGUGGGGGUGAAAAUGAGUCUUGUAUAAAUUACUAUUGAGGACAUCCGAGAAUUGGGAGCAUGAGGUGGGUGGGGGCGGUUCGAUAUGUACAACAGCUAUAAAGCCCCCAAGGCUUGUAAGAUAUAAAAAACACGUGUCUACCCCAUCGCUACCAGAUAGAACCGCCAAGAUGCGUUGGAGAAACCGACGCUUGGUCCAUCUAGUCCGAGUCUUCGUCUAUCCUCGCCCGAGCGCGGUCAACCGCAGUAUCGCCUCCCUUUUGCUGCUGUUGCUGGUAUACUGGUGGUCUGUAAAAUACUGACUCGUCGUCUUCAGCGUCAAGUUGCAUCAAGAAUGUCUCCCACUUCUCGAUAAGCUGUAACAUGUUAGCACGCUUCUUAUCUUCACUGCUUUCACUGUACUCGCC